AAGUUACUGCAGCACUUUGACAUCAACUGCUCACUGAUAAUGGUUAUGGUUCUUUUGAUUGUAGCCACUAACUCUAAGUUAGGUAGCAUUCCCAGGAUGAUAGCUUUCCCUUGAAGGUAAUUGUGAGAUUUUAGAAGGUGCAUCUAGAUACGAAACAAAUUAACAAGGUCAAAUUUGACUCAUGAUCUCAUUCUUUGAAGCAGUUAAAGAGAAUGUUUCCUGCAGUACAUCCAUGCAUGUCUGUUGCAUUUUAUGAGGUACUGUUUUUAAAGGCUUCAGGGUUUUUUGGUUGGUCUGAGUUUUGUGUACUGUUUAUAUUUUUUUCCUUCUGUGCUGUAAAAGUCCCAUUUGCUUUAGUUUUGUGGGGCAGGAGGACAGUUUCUUUGCAGUUUCCAUGCUGUUACAAUUUGAGGGGAAGAACCUGCCCAUCUGUCAUGGCAGAACACCAAAACAUAAAGGUAAGUUCCUAAUAAUUAUGAGAUGAUUGUUUCAGCUUUCACCCUUCAGAAAGAAAACCUAGAAACACUAGAAGCAAUCGGCUUGUUGGCUGCUGAACUUGAUGUUCUUCCUUCGGACUUCAGUUACACUGGCAUCAAAGAUAAGAAGGCUAUAACUUUGCAGCCCAUGGUUGUGAAGAAGGUGACUCCUGAGAGGUUGAAAGAAAUUGGGAACAAAAUGGAAAAAAAGGGUAUGAAAAUAUACAACAUCCGUCCAGCAUACCAGCACCUCAGACUUGGUCAGCUGAAGGGCAAUCACUUUGACAUAGUUGUUAGAGAUCUCCAACACCACAGUCAUGACUCUUCUGCAGAUUUGAGGGAGAGAGUAUCAGAAGCAAUGGAAAGUGUUGAGACAAAAGGUUUUGUGAAUUACUAUGGACCUCAGCGAUUUGGACAAGGACAAAUUGUUCAGACAGAUCAAAUAGGAUUGGCUUUACUGAAAGAAAAAAUGGUGAAAGCUGUGAAAUUAUUUUUCACACCCGAAGACACUGAUGACCCUGUGAACAAUGCAAAAAGAUACUUUCUUCAAACUGAAGAUGCAAAGGGCACACUUGUGAUGCUGCCAGAAUUUAAAGUAAGAGAGAAGAUGUUGCUACGAGCUUUAAAUCGCUAUGGUGUAAAUAAUGAAGGUUGCACCAAAGGAUGGCUCAACAUUCCUCACUCCUUGCGCAUAUUCUAUGUCCAUGCUUAUUGCAGUAAAAUUUGGAAUGAAGCAGCAUCAUACAGGUUGAAAACUUAUGGCUCAAAAGUGGUCGAGGGUGAUCUUGUCUUCUUGGAAGAAAAUGAUGAAAGCAUUCCCCUGAAUGAUAAGGUUCAUGUAGUCACUGCUUCAGAAGAAUCAGCUAACAAAUACUCUAUAUACCAAGUGGUUCUUCCAAUGGUGGGACAUAGUAUCAAGUAUCCCAGUAAUAAAGUUGGACAAUGGUACCAUGAAAGACUUUCUAAGGAUGAGCUGGAGUUGUGCAAAUUCAGAGUGUCUCCAUUACAGCUGAAUAUACCUGGAUGCUACAGACUUAUUUUGAAAAAUGUUCAGAAUCUCUCAUAUUUUUUGGAAAGUAGUGAAAAAGGGAUCAAUAUUGAAGACAACCAUCUGAGUGAUUUAAAAGUCUCUCUUCAUAUAUCAUUUGACCUUGAUCCUUCAUGUUAUGCAACAGUCUGUCUGAGAGAAAUAAUGAAAUGUGAUUUUUAAGACUCUACUUAAUGGAAGACUGCAAGAAUAUUGUGCAAUGUUGGUACUUUACAUGUAAUGCCAAGAACAUAAAGGAGAAUAACAGGUUCAAGUCACAAACAGGAAAAAUUUGUAGAUUGAGAUUCAUACAGAUAAGGAAAAACAUUACCAAAACCCUUUGGAAUAUUUCAAAAUCAUUCCAAACUCUAAAUGCAUUGAAUGCAUUGGAGUAAAACUGUUACACCAGGCAGUUUGAACAGAACUUAAAGAAAUCGUAGGCUGCCAGCAUGAAUUUCCUGUUUGCAUAGACAUCUGGCUUGCAAAGUUAAGUCCUGAAAAGGUAUUUGCACCAAACAAAUGUGUCUUGUAAUUCAUAGUAUUUUUUAAAAAUGUUUCAUACUAAACGCUAUUCAAGCAAUAAUGUUAGAAGUUUACAGCCUAAAGGUCUCUAACUGAAAAGUAGUUGUACCGAGGUUUCCUAAAUAUCUUGUGUUGCAUCAUCUUCAGGCACUUAGUGUUAAAGGUGAAAGUCCUGAGCCAACAGUGACAAGUUGUCAGUUGCUUUAUCAGACAUUUGAUGAAUGCCCCAAAUUAAGUUAAUGCUGAUGAUUUCAGGAUUCAGUAGUGCACAGCUGGGAGUGCCUAUUUCAGUAAGCUCUUCAAGAUCUGGCAACUACUUGAUAUCACUGAAAAAUUUGUAAUAAAACCAAAACUAUGUAACAUUGUUUACAAGAUACAGACUCUAUUCUCUUAUUGUCAAGCUUUAUGGUAGCACAAA